AUGCGCGUGCGCAACUGCGCAGUGAACACUGAAUACUUGAAUAGAGCUCGCCUCAGUAAUCAGUAUUGGUUUUUACCGGCAGCUAACAAACUGUUUAAGUUUUGUUGUUUGUCUAUGUUUGUGAUAGUUCUGUGCUUAAUCGGGGACAACAUUAUCUCGUUUGUGAGCAUCGUAGAUAUUGGAGCACACCUCUUCAUUGUGUCUUUAGUCACUAAAGGCUUUCAAUGUGAUGUUGACAAAGAAAGUCUUAACUUGAUAGAUGUCCCGUGGUUGGAGCCAUUUCUCCUUAUCAUUAACGUGGGCACCCAUGGACUUUACCCCUUCCCGUUCAUUAUGCGUAUCUACAAAAGUGAUUUCAUGAUACCAGCGACGCCGAGAUGCUAUCCUGGGAUGGUUCACAUCAAUAGGAUAGAUGUUCUCAACUUUUUGAUCAAUUUCAUUUGGCUGAAGUUCGUAACAUCUUAUGUAGCUUCUGUACAUAAGAAAGAUCCGGAACGCAUGCGCACUUUCUUUGGCCUAUCUUUGGUCAAGCUAAUUUUUGAAAUCCUUUAUCUCGCGUACCAACCUGACUUAUACAGUAUUUUCACUACUGAGAGCUAUUGGUUCCUUAAGUUCAUGGAUAUUUGCAUCGGGGCUCUAUUUUUGAUUGUAAUAAAUAAAUACAUUGCACAAUUACGUAUCGAAAAUGCCCAAAGGACGAAAGAUCAGCCUCCGUCGUAUAUUGAAUGUUUAAUCAAUGGGCCCAUUACUCGUGUUGAUGAAAAAAGAGAUUUAACCUUGACUAUUGAGGAGAAAAAAAAUGAUGAAUCCGUUCCAAAAGGGGAUAGUUCUUAA